UUUGGGGGGGACGCGCCUUUGAAACCGUGCACCAUUUCACUGUGGACAAUAUAUCCUCUUGCGGAUAUGGGAGACAUGGGAGACCCACCGAAAAAAAAACGCCUGAUUUCCCUAUGCGUCGGUUGCGGCAAUCAAAUCCACGAUCAGUAUAUUCUGCGAGUUUCCCCGGAUUUGGAAUGGCACGCGGCGUGUUUGAAGUGCGCGGAAUGUAAUCAGUAUUUGGACGAGACGUGUACGUGCUUUGUUAGGGACGGGAAAACCUACUGUAAAAGAGACUAUAUCAGGUUAUACGGCAUCAAGUGCGCCAAGUGCAACAUCGGCUUCAGCAAGAACGACUUCGUCAUGCGGGCCCGCUCCAAAGUGUACCACAUCGAGUGCUUUCGCUGCGUGGCCUGCAGCCGCCAGCUCAUCCCGGGCGACGAGUUCGCGCUGCGGGAGGACGGCCUCUUCUGCCGGGCGGACCACGACGUGGUGGAAAGGGCCAGCCUCGGCGCCGGCGAUCCCCUCAGCCCCCUACACCCCGCCCGGCCUCUGCAGAUGGCAGCAGAACCUAUCUCCGCCAGGCAGCCGGCUCUCAGGCCGCACGUCCAUAAGCAGCCGGAGAAGACCACCCGCGUGCGGACCGUCCUCAACGAGAAGCAGCUCCACACCUUGCGGACCUGCUACGCCGCCAACCCCAGGCCCGACGCCCUCAUGAAAGAGCAGCUGGUGGAAAUGACCGGCCUCAGUCCCCGGGUCAUCAGGGUCUGGUUCCAGAACAAGCGCUGCAAGGACAAAAAACGGAGCAUCAUGAUGAAGCAACUGCAACAGCAGCAGCCCAACGACAAGACCAACAUCCAGGGGAUGACGGGCACUCCGAUGGUGGCGGCGAGCCCCGAGAGGCACGACGGGGGCUUGCAGGCCAACCCGGUGGAGGUGCAGAGUUACCAGCCCCCCUGGAAAGUCCUCAGCGACUUCGCCUUGCAGAGUGACAUCGAUCAGCCGGCUUUUCAGCAACUCGUUAAUUUUUCAGAAGGAGGCCCAGGCUCCAAUUCCACCGGAAGUGAGGUAGCGUCCAUGUCCUCUCAGCUCCCGGAUACACCCAACAGCAUGGUAGCCAGUCCUAUUGAGGCAUGAGGAACAAUUCCUUGCGAUGUUGUGGUCCUUAAGUCUUUUCGCCCCCUGCUGGAGAGAGUGGGAAAGCUACCACGUUUGGGGACUCGAGAAAAAAAAUGUUUAGAAAAAGAAAGAAUGAAAAAAAAUAUUUAAUACAACCUUGUUCAUGAACCUAAGCAAAGACAACUCCAUGAACUGUCUGGGGAGUUUUUUGUUUUUAUUUUUUUUCCUUUUGCAAUGAUAAGGUAGCAACACUGUGAAGACAAUCAUGGGAUCUUACUAGAAUAAUAUUCAAAGAGCAAAGGAAAAUGCUUUUUUAAAAAAGAAAAAAUACCCAAGCAAAAGGAUCGGAGGAGGAUCAAGGAAAAAAACAAACAGACAGACGUUUGAAAAACGUGCAAGAUCCACUCCCGAAGAUCUCCCACCUUUCCCCAGCUGGUUUCCUUCAAUGACUGCACAUCCUCGAGAGAAAGCCUUGUUUCCAUCCUUAACCCCCUCGGUGCUGUUUGUCAGCUGGCCUUUCCCCUUGCCAAAAACAAAACAUAUUAGGGA